AUGGAUGUGUUCUUUGAACCCACAAAAGGCAGGCCAUUCUCCAUUGAAGUAGGUUAUUUUGAUACAGUUUUAGAGAUCAAAGAAAAGAUCCAAAAAGAUCAAGGCAUACCCAUUUCUAAACAGACUCUGAUCUUCAAUGGCCAGGUUCUUGACGAGGAGAUCAAUGUCCACUUCUCCCAAAUACUCGAUCGCUCUCGCAUUCAACUUGUCAUCACCCCAGAAUCAGAAAAACUUGUCACCAAGAGGGAGGAAUCACCGCAACCGUCGCCUACCACUUCAUCAUCGACAGGAUCAGGAAAUACGAGUAAUUCAAAGAAACUACGAGUGAUGGUGCUGACAAAGUGCGGGACUAGGAAGAUUCCGGUGGAGGUGAAUGCUGGGGAUAAUGUGGGUGAGCUGAGGAAGGAGUUGCAGAAGUUGCACCAAAGGCUUCAUAUUCAUCUGCCAUCAGAAGGGUAUUUUUUUAUAUACAGACAGAAUGUGAUGGAUGAAGAUAGGUCCUUUAGAUGGCACCAUGUUGGCCAAGGUGAUACAAUUGAGAUUUUUAGUGGAAGUGUUACUGGUGGCUCAUGA